GUUGGGAUUAUCAGUGAUCGAAACAAACUUAUCCAAGCAUUGUCAUAGAGUAGCUUUAGAUUUUUGAUCCGAGAGCUAUCAAUUGAGAAGAAGAAAAAUUUAUUAUUGUUAAAAUGAUGAAAUUAGUGACUAUUUUUGUGGUGCUCUGUGGAAUCAGUGCUGGAUAUUCCAUUCCUCAACGAAAUGGUUUUAUGUAUUAUCAACAACCUUUAGGGUAUCAAAUAGCCCAGCGUACUAUGUAUGGUGCUCACUUCCAAAAUCAGCAAUUCAGAAAUCAACGAGUUGCUGCUCUGCCGAGCAUGCUUCCAUAUGAUGCCGAUAGUGCUGAUUUGCCCCAACAAGGCCCUAAUGUAGAGUCAGUGGCAGAAGCAUAUCCAUCAGAACAGUUUCCAUUAGAGGAUGAAGCUCAACCAGAUGUGCCAGCUAUCUACGAAGAAGAAGCUGAGGAGCCAAUCGCUGAUGAGCCUUUAGCUGCUCCUGCUAAUCCAGCCGUUGUGUCAGCCUCGAUCCCAGAGAGAAAGAAGAAGAGUAAAACUCCAGUAAAGGCUGACUCUGACGAGAAGGAGGAGCAGGAUGCUCAGUCUGAACGCCGAGGUGCUAGUGGUUCUGCUGCCCCGAAUGCUUAUUUCCCCAUCAACUUUGGCAGUGCAAAUGGUGGAGCCAUUGCCGUUGCCAAUUCGUACAGUACCGGACAGGGAGGAUCGGCAACUAGCACUGCUACUGCCUAUGGAAGCCCAGCAACCGCUGAACUUAGAAGAUCUUCGGUCGAUCAGCUGAGAAAUAGGCCCGCCAAAAUUCGAGGCCGACAAUAGUAAGGGAAUAAUAAUAAAUAGAGCAAUGUCCUAACUUUGCUUGAGAUCAGAGAGAAACAGUAAUUUUAAGAAAAAACACUACUCCAAUGUACAGUAAAUCGUAAAUAUUUUCAGUGAAAUAUGUAAAUAUGAAUACCCAAAUUCUUUAAAAUAAAACACAAUGUGAUAACUUCAACCGA